AUGGGGUUUUGCCAUGUUGCCUGAGCUGGUCUCAAAUGACUACUUCAUUUUUAAGCCUAAAUUUUCUCAUCUGUUUAGUGGGAAUUAUACUGGGACGGGGUUGAGAAUUCAGUGCAAGUUCAGGUGUCCACAGGGCCUGGCAGAAUGUAAGCCUUCGAUCACUGGCACCUAUUGUGUUACUGAUUCUAUUAUCAGGUGCCUCUGCUUCUGGAUUGUCAACCCCAAGUUGGGCUCUGCCCCGUGAUCUGCCAGCUCUUUAAUAGAACCAGCUGGGACAUGUCUGAGCUGAGCCCCAAGCCCCGCUCCUCUGCCAGUCGGAUGGGGUUAGGACUCUGGGCUGCCCUCCAAAAGGCUGUCAGGAAGGCGCUGAGUUCUGGCUGGAGGCAGAAGUGGAGAGACUUACAGGGGGGGCGCAGAAAGAAAAAUUUCCUCUUAAAUAGAGGCGUGUAUUUGUGAUUCUGCCUGGCUUGUUUCCAUUCAUCCUUCAUGCUUCAGCUCAGCUAGCCCCUUCCUCAGGAAGCUCUCUUGACCUCCCUAGGCAGGGGUGGUUGCUUCCUCUGGACUCCCAGGGCCCUCUAGGGCUCCCUGAUUCCAGGCUUGAUCAUUGUACCCUUGCUUCCCUCAUCACAGCCCUGACCACUCUGGGCUGUCUUUUUUCUUUUUUUUAGAGAUAGGGUCUCACUCUCUCCCAGGCAUAGCUCACUGCAGCCUCGAACUCCUGGGCUCAAGCAAUCCUCCGACCUCAGCCUCCCGAGUAGCUGGGACAACAGGCGUGGGUCACUCUUGUGUCAGUCUCCCAGUUAGACUGGGAGCCCCAUGAAUGCAUGGCGCAGGAUGGUCUCAUCAUUACUGAGUCUCCAGGAUCAUCCAGCGAGGGGUCAGCAGAAAGUGGGCAUUGAACAAAGCUUUGGUGAGUAGCUAAGGAUCCCCACUCUGUCCACACGGGCACAGGGGACACCUGACCCUGUGGUGUCCGCUGUUCCCACUCCGAGGCUCACAACUUGGCGAAUGGAGCGAGAAUUGGAUUUCAGUUUGCCCCUUGCUCCGUCAGCCGCGCGCCCUGAUGCAGUGCACAACCUUAGCUGCUGUGCGCGAUGGGGGGCGACUCCUCGGCCUGCGAGCAGAGAGGAAAGUUCACAUUCUUCUAACAUAGGGAACCAGCCUUCCAGGAGGACGAGAAGGAAGGAAUGAGAGGAAGAGAGGACUACCUCCACCCUUUCCAUUCCGUUGGUCUCCUGGGUCUGGGAGCACUGAGCUCCACCCUCUCCGAACGAACACCUGGCGGUUGGGCGUGCCUCAGUUUCCCGGAGGCGGGGCAUUCCUCCGUCGCCGCCCCCCACCCCCCCUUUUUCCUCUUCCUCUUGGGGCAUCUGCUGCCGCGCCUGUAGCACUCCCGGAACUGGAACUAGGUGCCAGACGGUCCGGAGGCGGGGGCCACGUCAGCGGGGCCACCCAGGGCUCGCGGGGUCCCGGUGGGUGCCAUGCGGAGGGGCGCGCUUCUGGCGGGCGCCUUGGCCGCGUACGCCGCGUACCUGGUGCUGGGCGCGCUGUUGGUGGCGCGGCUGGAGGGGCCGCACGAAGCCAGGCUCCGAGCCGAGCUGGAGACGCUGCGGGCGCAGCUGCUUCAGCGCAGCCCGUGUGUGGCUGCCCCCGCCCUGGACGCCUUCGUGGAGCGAGUGCUGGCGGCCGGACGGCUGGGGCGGGUCGUGCUUGCUAACGCUUCGGGGUCCGCCAACGCCUCGGACCCCGCCUGGGACUUCGCCUCUGCUCUCUUCUUCGCCAGCACGCUGAUCACCACCGUGGGCUAUGGGUACACAACGCCACUGACUGAUGCGGGCAAGGCCUUCUCCAUCGCCUUUGCGCUCCUGGGCGUGCCGACCACCAUGCUGCUGCUGACUGCCUCAGCCCAGCGCCUGUCACUGCUGCUGACUCACGUGCCCCUGUCUUGGCUGAGCAUGCGUUGGGGCUGGGACCCCCGGCGGGCGGCCUGCUGGCACUUGGUGGCCCUGUUGGGGGUCGUAGUGACCAUCUGCUUUCUGGUGCCGGCUGUGAUCUUCGCCCACCUCGAGGAGGCCUGGAGCUUCUUGGAUGCCUUCUACUUCUGCUUUAUCUCUCUGUCCACCAUCGGCCUGGGCGACUACGUGCCCGGGGAGGCCCCUGGCCAGCCCUACCGGGCUCUCUACAAGGUGCUGGUCACAGUCUACCUCUUCCUGGGCCUGGUGGCCAUGGUGCUGGUGCUGCAGACCUUCCGCCACGUGUCCGACCUCCACGGCCUCACGGAGCUCAUCCUGCUGCCCCCUCCGUGCCCUGCCAGUUUCAAUGAGGAUGAGGACGAUCGGGUGGACAUCCUGGGCCCCCAGCCGGAGUCGCACCAGCAACUCUCUGCCAGCUCCCACACCGACUACGCUUCCAUCCCCAGGUAGCUGGGGCAGCCUCUGCCAGGCUUGGGUGUGCCUGGCCUGGGACUGAGGGGUCCAGGCGACCAGAGCUGGCUGUACAGGAAUGUCCACGAGCACAGCAGGUGAUCUUGAGGCCUUGCCGUCCACCGUCUCUCCUUUGUUUCCCAGCAUCUGGCUGGGAUGUGAAGGGCAGCACUCCCUGUCCCCAUGUCCCGGGCUCCACUGGGCACCAACAUAACCUUGUUCUCUGUCCUUUCUCUCAUCCUCUUUACACUGUGUCUCUCUGGCUCUCUGGCAUUCUCGCUGCCUCUGUCUUUCCCUCUUGCUGUCUCUGUUUCUCAUUCUCUUUCAUGUUCCGUCUGUGUCUCUCAAUUAACCACUCGUCAACUGCUGAUUCUACUGGGCUGUGGGCUCAGACCUCAUUUCAGGCACCAGAUUGGUCGCUACACCCUGGACAAGUGACUGCCCGUCUCUGAGCCUUGAUUUCCUCAGCUGCCAAAUGGGAAGAAUAGAAGAAUUUGCCCCUAAACCCCUCCUGUGUGCUGGCCCUGUGCUAGACAGUGCUGGAGACAUAGUUGGGGGUGGAGAACUGCCCUUAUGGAGCUUGCAGUCCAGUGAGGUGGACAGACCUGUCCCCAGACAGUGAUGGCCCAAAAUGGUCAGGACUUUAAUGGAGGAGGUGAGGUGUUGAAAGCACAGGCAGAUUGGUCAGGGCUGAAGUCGGAGAAGCACAGGGACUAGGCCCAAUCCAGCCUGGAAAGUCAGGGAGGACUUCCUGGAGGAAGGGACAUCGAACUAAGACCUGAACUAUGAGAAAUAGGCAGGAAGAAGUUGUACCUGACUCAUUUUUCUCAGGUGUCUCCAGGGAGCAGGACCCAUGGAGGGACCCCUGGUGUAGGCCUGGGCGAUAGACUCUUCCUCAGCAGCCUGGCAGGCAGGAAACAGACAUAGGACCCCAGCCCAGAUCUGAAUGGCAUGGGAGGUGCUGCCCUUAACCAUGACACCAUUGUAAGAGCUGUCCACAUUUGUAUGUUGUGCCCUGGAAUCAGCCUGGUUGAGCUCAAAUCCCAACUUAGCCGCGUCUGGCCUGUGUCCUUGGGCAGUCACACUACCUCUCUGAUUUUGUUUCCUUAUCUGUAAAAUGGUGAUCAUCAUAAUACAACUUCAAAAGGA